UUUAAAAGCAUUUCCGGGUGUGAGAGUGUUUUACAGGUUUAAUGAGAUACAGGGACCACUGUUCCGUGCGGAAGAACAGUUUUAGCCCUAAAAUUAGUCUUGUUUGUAAUCUCUUGAUACAUCAAAAUAUAAAUAUCUUACAAUUAAAAUGUGCAACGGCUGUGUGCAAAAAGAAUAUCCCGACCGGGGGAACACUUGUCUGGAGAACGGCUCUUACCUGAUGAACUACCUGGGCUGUGUGAAGUGCCAUCAGAGGGACUUCGUGCUGAUCAGUAAUAAAGCCACAGAGGAUGAAGAUGGAGAGGAGAUAGUAACAUAUGACCAUGUUUGUAAAAACUGUGACCAUGUCAUCGCCAGGCAUGAAUACACCUUCAGUGUUGUUGAUGAAUAUCAGGAGUACACAAUGCUCUGCAUGCUGUGUGGAAAGGCAGAGGACUCCAUCAGUGUGUUACCAGAUGACCCCAGACAGUCCGCACCUCUUUUCUAGACCUCAAAUGACACCCAACCCGCAGGUCAGGAUUCACUUAUAGAUGGAUUUUGAACACCAUGGAUGAACUACUGGCUGCUGGCUUCAGGGUUCCAAUGAUUUUUAAUGGUAAUCUACAAUUAUAUGCACAUUUUUAAUUAAGAGCACCACAUUUAGGUCCUUUUUAUGAACUACUGUAUGCUGAGGACAUGUUACUUUUCACCACCUCCUAUGCCCAUCCUUACGAUAUGAAUUUGAAAUGACAAUGUACUUUAAAUACACUUUUUUUUUUUACAUAUGACAUUUUAUCUUUGCUGUUCAUUUAACUGCUUGAACCAUCUACGAUGUUACAAUGGACUAUAACUUUGGAUCUGGAGAACUGAAGCAGUGCUUGUUAAUUGUGAAAUAAGACUGUAGUCACUUCUCUCUGUGCAUGCUCCUACUUGUGUGCAGCCUACAGCUAUAGAAAUCCUGCAGUGCUGAAAUGUUGCUGAAACAGAUGUUUGUAGGUGUAAUAAAAUGAGGAAGAGGAAGAGCUCAUUUUACUUCACACUUUAUUUUAGUCUAUUUGUCAUUGAAAGGGCACAAAAAGUACAUUAAAUUAUAAAAUGUAUUUGAGGGUAUGUAUGUGAUGGGUGUUUUUUGAAAUGCAUUUUUGUUCAAUGCCAAUCACAUUCCUGAUUUAAGAUAAGGUAUCAUGUUAGGUGUUCAGAACAAAUAGAAAUAUCAAACAUUUCCCUGACCACCUGACGGCUAUUAAGUGGUCAUUCUUGUUGAUUUGCUUAAAUUUUCCCCUUAAGGUGUAACAUAGUGAGCUCACAUCUUUGGGAUUAAAAUAUGUUGACUGCAGAUGUAUGGGAUUAAAGGUGUUUUAGGAUUUGGUUGUCUUUUAUGCAUUGUAGAGUGCUUCUGCUGUUUAUUAAAUGUGCUUUAUAAAUA